AUGUUUAGGGAUUUAUACACCGGACUGAUUGCAGUGGUUAUGGUCCUUUCAGCUGAGAGUAGUGUAGGCCCCAGUAACUCGUCCAGUUUCUGUACGGAGUCUAAAGAAUGCCUUCAGUUUGAUCUGCUCUGUAAGGCUGAGGAGUAUGAGGUGCGUCACUACAGUCCCACGCGCUGGGUGUCUACAGAUGCUGAGGCAUACUUCAUGGGAGUUGGGGCAGCUAUGGCUUUUAGACGCCUCUUUCAGUACAUUACAGGAGCUAAUGAAGAGGGAGUACAGAUUGAGAUGACCGCUCCAGUGCUGGUGAAAAUCCCAGAGGAGACUAAAAUGUGGGAGCCAGCCAUCUACACCCUGAGCUUCCUGCUUCCCUCAGCAUAUCAGGACAACCCACCCACACCUACCAAUGACAAGCUGUACUUCACGGACAUGCCUGACAUGGACGUCUAUGUGAGGAGUUACGGAGGAUGGAUGUUGUCUGUGACAUCACGCCUACACGCUCAUCUCCUGACCAGAGAACUACACAGAGUACAUGCCCUUUACAACACCUCUUACCACUAUGGAGUGGGAUAUGACAGCCCCCUGAAGCUGUUGAACCGACAUAAUGAGGUGUGGUAUGUGUCUGAGGGAGACCCAGUCUGCCCUGGCCCAGUGGAGAAACCAACCGAGCCCACCAACACAUAA